ACCGUCACUCAACCUCCUUCGAUGGCUCUGUUCUACAGGCCCCCAUCACAAUCAUGAAAGCCGCAUUGGCUCUCAUUUGAUGAAUGAUGACCGCCGCAACGUCUCAAACCCCACGGUAUAGGUGGCGGCCACAUGCGUGGAGGCACCGGCGCUGUACCCUUCAGGGCUGGAGACUGGAAAUCCGGCGAGAACGACUGCGGUCAAUCACUCCGACGUCUUGGCCAAGCCCAUGGACGCCCGCGCGGACGUUCACGCCUUCCUGUCGGAGCGCAGCAAGGUUCUCGAUCUCCGCAUGAGCGGUCUUCCCCAUGACACAACGCAGUCAGAACUAGAGGGCUGGUUCACCCGAUUCGGCGGACGCCGUAUUGCUUUCUGGACCCGCAAACAGCAAGUCGCCUUCCCUUAGCAAUGGGGGUUGGUGCACCGACAACACACAAUGCGGCCUCAUCACGCUCCUGAUGACCUCCGCGAGAGCUUCCUGCAUCAUGUAGGCUGCUGUUACGAUCUACCAUCGCCCUGGAAGUGUGGCGAGAACGACUGCGGUUACCACAACUUCGCAAAGAACACUACCUGUCUCCGCUGUAGUGCGAGCCGCGCAGGUGCAGCUGUUGUGGCCGACUCAGCAUUCCCUUCACCGAUGGACACUCAGUCUGGGUAUGGCGAUCUAGCCAGUGAGUUCGGCACCGUUCGCAACAUCGUUCACGUCGACACCCUCCAUGAUGCCAUGCGCUUGAUCUUCCGCAUCGAGUUCGAUUCCAUCGGUGCCGCCCACGCUCAUACUACUGGGCCACUGCCAACGUUACGAACGCCAAGUACCAUCAAGGACGUCCCAAGUUAUUCGGUUGGGGGCGACUGGGUAGGGCGAGGCCGGGGCCCUUAUCCACCAACGGUAUUGAACGCGUUGCGCAGAGUUACUCGUGGGACCAGUGUGUUUGUUGUGGAAGGAUCGCUCGCGCCUAUGCCGUCCACGGAACAUAUGAGCAUGGCACCGCAGCGGCUUUGGCCAGAGUAUGUCGCCUGCGACCCGAUGCAGAAUACUGCCGUCGGGCUCAGGACCGAGUGCCGUAUGGAGUGUUCUGUGUUGGGUUGGCACGGCGCCUCUGACGAGGACGAGGACAAAGACAUCAACUGUGCUGGCCGCUUGGACAGCAUCGUCACCGCCCCCGCACAAGAGAAGUGCAUCUGCGAAAACGUCAUGUGUUCGGCAUGGCAGAUCCGCAUGUUUGUCAACGCACCCAAGAAGAAGGCUGCCAAGGGGGCGAAAAUGAAGGCGAAGAUCAACACUCACAGAGCGAUCGCCUACCCCGGAGGAUGCCUCCGACUCUGA